CUUAUGACAUUGACAGUACUGACAGAAUCGACAAAUAAUUAAAUGACAAAAAUUUUUGGGUUUUUAAACAUAUUCUUUGAAUUUGAAUCUUUUCCAAUAUGAGAAGAGGAAUAGGCGUUGGUGCUAUUAAAAAGGAGAAACUCCAUCAAGAAAAAUACAGGGGCAAGGGAAAUCAAAUACAAGAAAACCAACUUGAACAAAUGUCUAAGCAAAUGGAAGUUUUUAAAACAAAUUUGGAAGAUUUUGCUACAAAACAUAAAAACGAAAUAAGAAAAAAUCCUGAAUUUAGAAAACAGUUUCAAGAAAUGUGUUCCAGUAUAGGAGUGGACCCUUUGUCAUCUGGAAAAGGUUUCUGGUCAAUUUUAGGAAUUGGAGAUUUUUACUAUGAAUUAGCUGUUCAAAUUGUAGAAGUGUGCCUGGCUACAACUGCUAAAAAUGGUGGACUAAUUAGUUUGGAUGAAUUAAGGACAAAAUUAAUAAAAGCAAGAGGUCAAAGUAAGUCCCACCAAGAAAUCAGUAAGGAUGAUUUGAUUCGUGCAGCCAAGAAAUUAAGGAUAUUUGGGAGUGGUUUUAAUGUAAUACCCAUGGGUAAAGAUAGAUAUAUGGUGCAGUCUGUACCUGGAGAAUUAAGUAUGGAUCAUUCAAUCAUAUUACAACAAGCUGAAAAAAACACUGCACAUGUGUCAAUCUCAUAUAUUUGUAAAGAAUUAAAUUGGGAAAAUGAGAGAUGCCAGAAAGCUUUAGAACAUAUGGUGGACCAAGGAUUGGCUUGGAUUGAUUCUCAAGAUCCUCAAGAAAUCCAGUAUUACUUUCCUAGUCUUUACACUGCCUGUAUAAACUCAAAUGCUUAAUUAAGAACAACUUAAAUUUUAUUUGUUUUUUUAUCAAUUGUUUUUUAUUCACGUUGUCGGCACUAUUGUUUUUUAAGUUUAAACAUCACAAACAAGUUUAUUGCAUUAAAAUUAAAGUAAUAAAUAAUGCCA